AAUGAUAAGUUAGACGCCGUGUGUGCCUGGUGCUGCGUCUGUUAGCUGUCCAGUAAACACUUCAGCAGUUCGUUUUGUCGCGCCGUGGCCUUAGUUUUACGGCACUUGUGCCUACUGUACGUGAGGUUUACCAACACGAGCUGUACUCAAACAAAAACCCUCCUAACUCCCUUUUUAUCUGUUUAACAUACCCUCCAGUUGGUCGAUUCAAACUGAAAUGCCGGUGCAAAACUCUUGAUAAAAAAUUCACACCUGUGGCAGACACCAUUGAAGCCAUGUACUGUAUGUCUCAAACUGUGUUCAGAGAAUGGCAGACAAGUCUGUGGAUCGUGGGCCAUGGACAGGAUGUGCGGUCAUGUUUCUGCAGUCGCUCUGUCCGGAUGCGAACCUGCUCUCUCUCUACAAAGACCAGCAAGGAAAGUUCAUCGUUUUCAAAGUCAUCAAGCUGACACUUAUAGAUUCUGCAGGAGGUCUUGGUGGUUAUGAGAUACUUAAGGUCCAUGACGCUGAUCCCUUUCUGGGGGUGGAGGUGAAGUUUGUGGAUGUGGCAGCAUGUCAGCAGUUCCUCGAGAGCUACAGCUCUGGAGCGGUGCGUCAGUCCCUCUCCCAGCAUGCCUGCCGGCUUCUUGCUCUUCCCCAAGAGCUCACAGUGGAAACCCAGCUGAAAGCCGGCACACACAUCCUGGAUCUCUAUCUGGACAAGCUGGAACUUUGCCUACAGCACAUCCACCUAUCACAGCCGGAGCGCCUGCGCGACGAGGAGAUUGAUCAUCUGGAGCAGCAGCUGCAGACUCAGGCCCUCGGUCCUGCCCCACAGUCCACCGCCAUCACACAGGAAGACGCUCCUGUCCCCAGCAACUGCUUCAAGUUUCAGAAUAGAGUGUUUGAGGACCGAAUGCUGACAGCGGCAGAUGUUCAGAGCUUUUCUAACGGAGCGGGCCGUCAGUGGAAGCAUGUAGGGAGGGCCCUGGGGAAGAGCUGCCGGGCUCUGAAGGGUCCGGCCAUAGACAACCUGGCCUAUGAGUACGAGAGAGAAGGGCUGUAUGAGCAAGCCUAUCAGCUGCUCAGCCGCUUCAUCCAGGCGGAGGGGAGAGCGGCAAAGCUGAGCCGGCUGGUCAAAGCACUGGAGGACUGCAAACUCACCAGCCUGGCUGAAAAUAUUCUGGACAUACAGCCACGAGAGUAACUCUGUGUAUGAGUCGUGAAAACUGAGGGGGACAGGUCCUCUGUACUCGAGGAGCGGUUGCCUUUAUCCUGCCUGCUUUAAAUACAGUAUGAUUGACGUCUGUCGUCCUUACGUUUAAAAUCAUUCCUGUGUGUGUGUGUGUGAGUGUGAGUGUGUGCAUGUUUCAGACAGGUUGUGUGAACACAUGCUGAGAGAUUUGAUUCAUAUCUUGAUUUGCUUUUCAAUUAUUAGUAUUCUUGAUUAUUGUUUCCAUUUAGAUGAAAUGAUCUGCAAUCACUGAUGAAAAAAUAUGCUGUCUUGAGUUUAAUGCACUGUUCUGCUUUAUAAGUCAUUUUACAGGUGGAACCUGUUGGGUCUUGUUGCUAAUGAGUGCACAACUGAAGGUUAUUGAUUUUUUUUUUCCUACAAAAUGGGUUCAUACAAAUUAAAUGGUUGUAAAAAAAAAAAAAAAAAAA